UAUCUUCAGUUUUUACUUAAGAUAGCACAGGAAAAUGACACAGACAGCAAUUUUAAUCAGGUUCAAACAGAAGAUCACAGGAGUUGACAGAGUCGCAGCUAUCUGUAACAACUACAUCUUCGCGUCUACAAGCAAUAUCGCAGACACAGCUGUCUCCAUCAACCUCUCGAUUCCACUUUUGCUUUUGACAGUCUAUACUGGAGCACUAACAAAUGCUGCUGCAAAUGGCUUGAGUAGAGCAUCAGACUCUUGUGGUAGCAAUGGAAUUCACUGUUUUAAUGACACGACCUAUAGGAGCUGUAUAUCUAUCUGGGGCGUCAUUUUGUACUCCGGAGAUUACGUUACUUGUUCCGGAGAUAGCACUUGUAGCGAAAGUGAGAGUGUUAUAUGCGUUUCAGCCUCUACUACAACGACUUCAGAUACUGCUACUACUACUGUGAAUAACGCAGAAACAACGGUUACUUCAACCACUGCUGCAUCAAAUGAUACUGCGACUGUUACAAGUAGCUCAGCUACUACAGAAUCUAUUACUACAGCUACUUCUAACACUAGUGAAGCAGAUGCCGCUACGAAUUCUACAACUACCAUCGCAAAUACUACAGAAGAUUCCACAACUGGUACACAAGCGACUGCAACUACUGAGGCCGAAACGACUACUAUAACCGAGGCAACUACAGGUAAGAAGAAGGCCUGGUGGUGUUGGAUUUUUUUAUACUUGUUUUUGACAGCACCAGCUAGUUGCAACGUCAAUGGACAGAAGUGGCCGUCAAAUAGCUGCAACCAGUACUAUGAGUGUGUGCUGGCUUUAUGGAACUAUUAUGUGGUAGCGACCAAUUGUAGCACAGGACAAAGCUAUUCUAGUUCUGAAGGAACUUGUGUUACUGAUGCUACCUGCAUUGUAUGAAUUUUAAAUAUAUGUUUAUGUUAUUGAUAA